AUGACCGAAUAUUAUGACAUUAUAAACAUUCCGCCAGAAGAAGAAUACUCUACCGAAGCAGAAGAUUUCGUUGAAGAUAUUGAAAAUGGUAGCAGUGAAGAAGAUGAUGAUGAUGAAGACGAAGAUGAAGAUGAAGAGGAUGGUGAAGAGGAUCAAGUAACGGCUGAGAUUGGAAGAAUUUACUACAAAAGACCCUCAAGAAAUCAAAAGAUGUAUAGACAAAACAUCAUAAGAGAUACAUUUGGUGUUACACAUUUUGUUAAAGUGAAAAAUAUAGAAGAUUCAUUUAAAAAACUUUUUACUGAUGACGUAUUGACAACAAUAAUUGAACAUACAAACAAGCAUAUCGGACUAAAUGAUAAAUUUAUUGAUGAACGCGAAUUUUUAGCAUUUAUUGGGAUUUUAUAUAUGAUGGGUACAAAUCAAGAUAAUGUAACACAAACAACAGCACCAGUCACACUCCUCUCGUACUGUCACAAACCAAAAGAAAUUCGUAUUUUUAUAUCCAAUCAACAUCAAAUAAUUGGUGAUUUUGAAGGAGAAAAGAAAAACUCCGAAAUCAAUAUUUUCUAUAAUGAUACUAAAGGUGGUGUUGAUACAAUUGAUCAACUUGCACGAUAG